GUUUGUUUAUUACCCAAUGUGAGCUAAAGUAGCGAAAGUAUUUUAUAUAAACAAUGAUAGUUAAAUUUUCAAAAGAAUGAUUUAUUUUUUGUUCAGAUGGAGGAAGAAACCAGUAAAAAAUCAUUGAAAUCACCAAAAUCAUUAGCGGCAGUUUCAUUUAAAAAGAAUAAGAAAUACAAGAAUUUGUGGACUUCUCUUUGGAGUCCUUCAAAUCCUAAACGGCAUGCCAAAAAGGAUAUUAAUGAAUCACCUCAGUUUUCGCUGACCCAAGAAAAUGGUAGUAAAGAUAAACAAUUCCAAGUUGUUCCUAGUCAUCAAGAAUGCAAUGAAUCCAUAUACUCAUCUAUAACAGAAUUAGGACUGCAAGACAAGUCAGAGGCUUCUUUAAAAUCUCACUCAGAAGAGAGUCUUAUUUCAUCAAAAAAUGAAACUCCAUUAUCCCAUAUACACAAAGUUGAAAUAAAUCAACAUGUGCCAAGUGUUGAGUCUACUUCUACAGUUGUAAAAGAGCCUAUCUAUGCAAAAGUUGAUAAAGAUAAAAGCAAAAUUUUAAUAGCAAAAUUAACUGAUGAAAACAAACAACUGAAGGAAAAGGCUGAAGAAUUAGUUAAAGAGGCUCGGAGGAAAGAAGAGACUCUUUAUGCCAAACUGCAAUUAGAAAUUACGCAACUUGAAGCCGAAACAAGAAGAGAAGUAAAGUCCUUGUCUGAUAGAAUACAAAUCCUUUUAAAAGAAAGGGAAGCUCUCAAUGAACAAAUAGAUCUGCUUCAAGCAGAAAAGAAAGACAUUUUGCUCAAAUGUAAUGCUCUUAGCGAUGGAAUGAAGACUAUGAUUUCGCCAAAGUUCCACCGGAAAAUCAUUGCUGAAUAUAAAAAAUUAUUGAAUGAAUCAAAGCAAAAGCAUGAAGAGGAAAUCAAAGAAUAUCAACAGAAAUGCGAGGUCAUUGAAGAAGCAAAUAAAAGUUUAACAGUGGAAGUGAAAGGAUUGAAAGAGGAAAUAGACUCUUAUCAAACAAAAAUCGAAACUCUUUCUUCUGCUCAUCAAAAGCUGUUUCAAGAAAAAAAUGAAUUAAGUGGGCAGUUGGAGGAAGCAAAACAAUUAGAACAGGAGAAUCAAAAGUUGCUCCAGUCACUUUUGAAAAUUACUGAAAAUCUGACCAUGGAAAGAGAUGUGCUUUUAAAUAAAGUUUUCUAUCAAGAUAACCAACAAAAAGAACUUCAGUCAACUGUUAUAGAUUAUAGUGUGAGUGUGGGUAGACUUCAAGAACAUAUCUCGAAUAUAAGUAAGGAAAAUUUCCAAGAACUAGCAAAACUGCAAUCAAAGAAAUAUCACCAGGAAGAAGAUAUACUGGGAAUGUACAAUAAACAGCUUGAUAUAUUGAGAGACAAAAUUUUAAGCCAAAAUAAUUCAAUCAUCCAGUUAGAAAGUGAGAAAAGAAAACUGGAAAUGCAGUUGGGAAAUGUAUGGAAUGCUUCUUAUGAGGAUGCUAAAAAGUAUUUGAAUACAAAAAUUUUCUCAAAUAUUUGAACAUGAAUUUUGUAUGGAUGCAAACUAUUUUGUGAUAUAUUUAUGAAUAAAUAUUUACGACAUCAA